AUGAAACACUCAGACGAGAUUUCAUCAUCGAAGUUGGACGAAGAAAAAGACAAGGAGGAAGGGCGUGGCUCUGUUAAUGACCAAGCCCCCGAGCCAGAGGGCCUCCAGGGCAUGGCGCUGGCUGUGGUGAUGACUUCGAUUUGUCUUUGCAUGUUCCUGGUUUCGUUGGACCGCACCAUCAUCUCCAACGCUAUCCCCAGCAUGACGAACCAAUUCCACUCCUUCGACGACAUCGCUUGGUACGGCAGCGCAUACAUGCUCACCGGCUGCGUGAUGCAGCUGCCUCAGGGCAUGUUCUAUAAAAUGUACCCAGCGAAGAUUGUCUACAUCACCAGCGUGGUCAUCUUCGAAGUCGGCUCCGCGGUAUGCGGGGGCGCGCCGAAUUCCGAGGCCGUCAUUGUAGGCCGCGCCAUUCAGGGUUUCGGGUCUGCGGGGAUCUUCUCCGGGUCAAUGGUCCUGAUUAUGAAGGCCGUGCCGUUGAAGAAGCGCGCGAUGUAUACCGGUUUUUUGUGCUAUUUCUGGUCUCUCGGCGGUUGCGGGACCGCUGUUGGGUGGUGCCUUGACAACACAUGCGUCGUGGAGGUGGUGCUUUUUAAUUAA